AUGGAGAGCGGCUCGGCCGGCGGCAGCCUGCCCAGCCCGCUGGACUCCCCCUUCGGCUGCCCCAUCUGCCUGGACACCCUGAAGGACCCGGUCACCAUCCCCUGCGGCCACAACUUCUGCCUGGGCUGCCUGGGGGCGCACAGACACCGCCCGGGGGCCGGGGCGGGCGGCGGGCAGGGCGCCCCCCGCUGCCCGCUGUGCCAGGAGCCCUUCCCGGCCGACCUGCAGCUGCGCAAGAACCACACGCUGUGCGAGCUGCUCCAGCUCCGCCAGCCGCCGCCCGGCGCCCGCAGCCCCAUGGCCCCGCCGGCGCCCCCGGAGCCGGGGGAGCCCGGCGGCGCCCCCCCGCGGCAGGAGGAGGGGGUGCUGUGCGAUGUCUGCCCCGAGGGCGAGCGGGCCACGGCGGCCCAGUCCUGCCUGGUGUGCCUGGCCUCCUUCUGCCCGCCCCACCUGCAGCCCCACCUGCGGAGCCCGGCCUUCCAGGGCCACCGCCUGGUGCCCCCGCUGCGCCGCAUCGAGGACAGCCUGUGCAAGCUGCACCUCCGGCCGCUGGAGAGCUUCUGCCGCACCGACCAGGCCUGCAUCUGCCAGCUGUGCCAGGGCCAGCAGCACCGGAGCCACGAGGUGGUGGCGGUGGAGGUGGAGCGGGAGCACAAGGAGGCCCAGCGACCCAAAAUCCUGAGCUGCGUGGAGGACCAGCUGGACGAGCUGGGAGUCACCGUCGCGCAGACCAGAAAGACUGUGGAGCUCAUCAAAAGCGCCGCCCUGAAGGAGAAGGAAAAAGUCAGCAGGCUCUUCGAUGAAGCAUCCAGAGCUCUAGUGACCUUCCGGAAAGAGGUGACUGGCUUCAUCGAGGAUGGCGAGCGAUCCAUGCUGCUUGAGGCUGAAGAGGAUCUCCGGCAGAAGGAGGAGAGGCGUGCCAGGCUGGCUCAGUGCAGGCAGAACCUGGAGAGGGUUCCGAGCACGGAUACCAUUUAUUUCCUACAGGAGUUCCAGGCGUUAAAAAUAGCAGCUGAGGAAAAGAGUUCCCUGUGUCCAAGCUUCCAGAAGGAACUGAGCUUCACCAAGUCCAGCCAGGCUGUGUGCGCCGUGAAGGAGCUGCUGGUGACUGCAUGCAAGAACCAGUGGGACCAGUUGCUGGGGAAGGGGUAUGAAGAGUCUGGUUUCCAUGGGAUGCAGGAAGCAGUCGCUGAGCCCCAACCUUCGGAGAAAUCAAACAAUCCAGCCUGCUUGGAGACAAGAGACUAUUUCCUGAAAUUUGCCUUCAUCAUCGAUUUGGACAGCGAUACCGCGGAUAAGUUCCUCCAGCUGUUUGGAACCAAAGGGGCCAAACGAGUGUUGAACCCCAUCGGCUACCCUGAGAGCCCAACCAGGUUCAUCAACUGUGAGCAGGUGCUGGGCGAGAACCUGAUGAACCGAGGUAACUACUACUGGGAGGUGGAAAUCAUCGACGGCUGGGUGAGCAUUGGCGUCAUCGCCGAGGACUUCAACCCGCGGGAGUCCUACGACAGAGGCCGCCUAGGGAGAAACGAGAAAUCCUGCUGCCUGCAGUGGAAUGGACAGAACUACGUGGCCUGGUUUGGUGGCUUUGAAUCUGUUAUCCAGCAGCCCUUCUUUCACACGAUCGGGGUGUACCUGGAGUAUUCGGAAAAGGCACUGACCUUCUACGGGGUCAGGGACGCCAAGAUGACGUGUCUCCAACAGCUCAAGGUUGCCCGCUUCAAAAAAGGCCACUUUGACCCCUUUCAGAAUAAGAUCAACCACCAGUUCUCAUCACUGUUUGCUUAUAACCUCAAACCAGCUUUUUUCCUUGAAAGCGUAGAUGCCCAUAUGCAGAUUGGGCCGUUGAAGAAAGAUUGUGUUUCAGUGUUAAAGCGGAGGUAACUUGCAGAGAAGACCCAGGAGUCUCUCUUGUAAUUGUUUACCAGCACCGUGGCUUAUAUAGUCUUCUCUCUGGAACAACCCUGCCAACCCACUCUAGCCCUGUGCUGUUUGUAAUCCAGGGAUUAACAAACAGAAGUCACCUCUUAAUGGAUAGAGCCCUGGACUGGGACUCAGGAGACCUGGGUUCUGUUUCUGGCUCUGCCAUUGGGUGACUGUGGAUAAGUCACGUCACCGCUCUGUGCCUCAGUUUUCCCAUCUGUAAAAUGGGAGUAGUUAUACUAACCUGCUUUGUAAAGUGCUUUGAGAUCUACUGAGGAAAAGCAAUAGAUAAGAGCUAGCUAUUAUUAUUAUCUUUAAAAAACGGGCAUUUUAUGAUGGCCUAUCCCUGCCAGCCCUCCAUUCCUAACCAAGGGGAUAUAAUCUUAGUGACCACUCCGACCAUGUGAUCCCACAGUUAAUCUGCUCUGUGCCUUAUUCCACACUGUAAAUGCAGGAUGGUCGCUUAAUACGUGUUAGCCCCCCCGACGCCUUUAAAAUCUGCUUUCUGGGCGAACGCCUCCUAGACAAUGCUUUAAAAGCAGCAGGUACAGCAUGGGCUGUACAAAUACAAUGCUCUACACAGCACGAGUACAACUGAUCCACCAGCGUGCCUCAACCUUAUUCUGGAGGGACCAUAUCUAAGAGUGAGAGCGUCCCCUUCCGCCUCCCCAAGCCAUGCGGGUGCUGCGCAUAAAGACACCUCAUGUCCCAAAGCAGGGAGGUGAUAGACCAGCACCAAUGAGAUCACACCUAGAAUGCUCAACUGAGUCCAACACACCUCCACACCAGAAAGAGGGAGACAGGAAUUCAGGGAAAACCAGCAAGAAUGACUACAGGUGUGGGAGGGAUGGGUUGGUUGAGGAAAGAUUAAAAGAAGCCCUGGAUUGGCUGCAGGAUGACGCUGGGACAUGACUCCGAUGCACAAGGAUGUAACCGCAUUUAAGUAAGAAUUUUUAGGGGUGGUAAGUAGGGCUAUAACUAGGAGGAAUGGGAUGAAAUUAAGGAGAAUGAAAGUUGAAUAUCGGGGAAACUUCUUAAUGGCGAGACCUAUUCUUUUGUGGAAUAGUCUCCCAAGGGAAAUGGUGGAAGACGCCUGUGACGGGUUGGCUCACAGAAACCCCCUGAGGCUGCCAACUGAUGUGCCAAGACUACUUCUGCCCCUGCUUUCCCUGCCAGCUUGGGACUCCAGCACCCUGUCUUGUUGAGCCAGACAUGCUAGCCUGCUC